AUGGACUCGGAAAACUUAACUAGACAAAUAGAAGAAGUAGAAGCAUUGAGUUCUAUAUAUGGAGAUGAUUGGACUACAGAAAGUGAGGCAAACAGAUCUUACAAUAUAAAAGUGAAAGAAAAUGACUACGAAGUUAUACUGUAUGUGACUAUGCCUUUAGACUACCCAAGGGAAGCACCGCCUAAAUUUGAAUUAUCAGCUCCAUGGAUGGAUAGAAAAAAGAAAGAAAAGCUUUAUACCAGCUUAAAUGAAGUUUAUAUUGAGAAUAUUGGUGAAAAUGUAAUAUAUCAAUGGGUGGAGAAAAUAAGAGAAACAUUACUGUCAAUGAAAGCUAAAGAAGUUAAACAUGUAAACAAUAAUGUGUUAGUUGAUGAAAUUUUAGAUCUGACACAGUUGGCAAUCAACUGUCCCGAAAUAACUCAUGGUGAAGUGAUAAUUGAUAGAAAAAGUUCAUUCCAAGGACAUGCAGCUGAGGUACAUAGUGUAGAUGACGUAAGUGCAGUCUUGACAAAGUUAAGACAGAACAAGAAGAUCUUAAACGCCACACACAAUAUGUAUGCAUAUAGAAUUGAAAGGAAGACUGAUAAAGGCACUACAAUGAUCCAAGAUUGCGACGAUGAUGGAGAAACGCAUGCUGGUAGCAGAAUGCUUCAUUUAUUACAGAUAUUAGACCAAAAGAACACCCUAGUUGUGGUUUCAAGAUGGUAUGGAGGUAUCCAGCUAGGCCCAGACCGAUUUCGACAUAUAAACAAUGCUACCAGACAAGUAAUACAACAGGCUGGCCUUUUAAAGAAA